CAAAUCUGACAAACAUACAAUGUCACUUUUGUCAGUAAACAGUAACAUAAAAUCUUUUCCUCUUUAUAAUAUUAGGGUGGAAAAUACAUUUAAUUCCCCUAUUUAAUUUGAUAAUUAAAUUUCAACCAAAGCUUUGUUAUUUUGUAAAUUGACUCUGAUUUAAUUAAUUCAAACAUAGUAUAAAUGUUCAUAAGUUUAGCAAGUGAUUAACCUUAACCUGGGAUGGUGAAUCAUCACUCCAAAUAUCUUUAGGCCUCCGUUGUAUUUACACAUUUAUCAGAGUCAGUAACACAUCCGACACAAUGGAGUGGUUAUUCGGACAUCGGAUGACUCCCGAAGAAAUGCUGCGCAAGAAUCAACGCGCACUCAACAAGGCGAUGCGAGACCUGGACAGGGAGCGAAUGAAGAUGGAGCAACAGGAGAAGAAGGUCAUCAAUGAUAUCAAGAAAUUGGCCAAGGAGGGCCAGAUGGAUGCAGUGAAGAUAAUGGCGAAGGACCUGGUGCGCACGCGGCGCUACGUGCGCAAGUUCAUGUUGAUGAAGGCCAACAUCCAGGCCGUGUCGCUCAAGAUCCAGACCCUCAAGUCGCAGAACACGAUGGCGCAGGCCAUGCGCGGCGUCACGCGCGCCAUGGCCACCAUGAACCGCCAGCUCAACAUGCCGCAGAUACAGAAGAUCCUGCAGGAGUUCGAGAAGCAGUCGGAGAUAAUGGACAUGAAGGAGGAGAUGAUGAGCGACUCCAUCGACGAGGCCAUGGCGGCCGACGACGACGAGGAGGAGAGCGACCAGGUGGUGUCGCAGAUCCUGGACGAGCUGGGCCUGCAGCUCAACGACACGCUGUCGGGGCUGCCGCAGGCCACCGGCUCGCUCUCCGUCGCAGCGAAAAAUCCGGCGGCGCCGGCGGUGGCGGUGGCGGGCGGGUCCGGCGGCGGCGGCGGCGCCGGCGUCACGGACGCGGACGCCGAGCUGCAGGCGCGCCUCGACAACCUGCGCCGCGAGUGACUCCCACACACACGUCACGUGUUCUCACAACUCAAUCCACUAUGUACACGUUGUUGUUAAGUUAUACAUAUAUUAAGUUUAUCUAAGAAUAUAAUAAAUAUUUUUACAAAAA